GCCUUGUUAAUGUCUGUAAAAAUAAUCGAUGCACAUCCAUCAACAUGAGGUGGAGAGAUAAAGAGUUAUAGUUUCUUUUUUUCUUGCCCCCCACCCACCCGAUAUAUAAAGCAAGAAAAAUAAAAGAAGAAGAAGAAGAUUGAUGGGACACAGUUUGCAUGAAAUAUACAUACGUUUUUGUCAUUUUUUCUACAGCACUACAGCUGGGUUCAGCUUUUCCUUUGAAUAAGGAGCUUGCUGUCUCUUCGAUUUAGUGGUUUUCCUAAAAUCGAGUUGACACUGAUUCUGUGGAAAGCAAUUUUCAAGAGACUGCUUGCGAAGUAGAGAAGCAAGCUUAUACUGUGAAAAUGGUAACCAGAACUGUGGAUCUCCGGUCUGACACGGUAACCAAACCGUGUGAAGCAAUGAGGGCGGCUAUGGCAGCUGCUGAAGUUGAUGAUGAUGUGUUGGGAAAUGACCCAACUGCAUUGAUCUUACAAACAGAGUUGGCGAAGAUGAUGGGCAAGGAAGCAGCACUUUAUGUCCCAUCAGGCACCAUGGGCAACCUAAUUAGUGUGCUUGUCCAUUGUGAUAUUAGGGGAAGUGAAGUAAUUCUUGGGCACAAUUCCCAUAUCCAUAUCUAUGAGAAUGGAGGCAUUUCCACAAUUGGUGGUGUACAUCCCAGAACAGUGAAAAACAAUGAAGAUGGAACUAUGGAUAUUGAUUUGAUUGAAGCUGCCAUUAGAGAUCCUAAAGGAGAGCUUGUGUACCCCACCACUAGACUAAUCUGCUUGGAAAAUACACAUGCAAACUGUGGUGGUAGAUGCCUAUCUGCAGAAUACAUAGACAAAGUGGGAGAGGUAGCCAAGAAGCAUGGUCUGAAGCUUCACAUUGAUGGUGCCCGCAUUUUCAAUGCAUCAGUCGCACUUGGCGUUCCGGUUGAUAGGCUUGUACAAGCUGCUGACUCAGUAUCGGUAUGUCUAUCCAAAGGUCUUGGUGCUCCGGUUGGAUCUAUCAUUGUUGGUUCACAAAGCUUUAUUAAUAAGGCCAGAAAGCUCAGGAAAACUCUAGGUGGGGGGAUGAGACAGAUUGGUAUCCUUUGUGCUGCUGCUUUGAUUGCCAUAAAAGAGAAUGUUCAAAAGCUUGAGGACGACCACAAGAAAGCUAAGGUUUUGGCAGAAGGAUUGAAUAAACUCAAAGGACUAAGUGUGGAUAUCAAAUCGGUGGAGACCAACAUUAUAUAUGUUGAUGUAGUAGAAGGCUCGAAACUGACUGCAGAAAAACUGUGCAAGAAACUGGCAGAACAUGGUGUACUUUUGAUGCAGGAGGGCUCAUCAAGAUUCAGAGUUGUUCUCCACUACCAAAUUUCAUGGAACGAUGUUCAAUACACCUUGUCAUGCUUUCAGCAAGCUCUGCCUGGAGUACAUGAUGAAAAUGGCAACUAGUAGCAGAAAAUUGCUAUAAUCCUCUGUAUCAAAGAGUACUUCUAUCUGUUUCUUUAACUCUAUGGGACAUGGCAAUAAAGCAACCCUGUCAAUCUAGUUGGUAGUUAAAAUUUAAUUUGUAUGAUUAAGAAACAUUUCUGUAGACUUGUUGGAGAUUGUCAAUGUUGUCCUGUUGCUAUUAA